AUGAACGGGAUAAAUGUAGACAUAAACCACUUGAAAAAGGGAGAAGUAAACCUAGGCACGUCGAUCAUGGCAGUCACCUUUGCCGACGGGGUGAUCUUGGGGGCAGAUUCGCGUACAACCACGGGUUCGUACAUCGCCAAUAGGGUCACGGAUAAGCUCACGCAGAUCCACGACACGAUAUACUGCUGCCGUUCCGGGUCGGCAGCAGACACCCAGGCCGUGGCCGACAUGGUGAAAUACUACUUGCAGAUUUAUUCGUCGCAGCUUCCCUACGGCGAGAAGCCCACCACCAACAUUGCCGCCAAUGUGUUCCAAGAGAUUUGCUAUAACAACAAGGACAACUUGACCGCGGGGAUCAUCUGCGCGGGCUACGACGACAAGUACGGCGGAUCCGUGUACUCGAUCCCCAUUGGUGGCUCGAUCCAUAAGCAGGAGUACGCCAUUGCCGGAAGUGGCUCGACGUUUAUUUAUGGCUGGUGCAAUGAGAACUACAAGCCGGGAAUGAGCAAAGACGAGACGGUGCUGUUUAUCCAGACUGCGUUGGCCGAGGCUAUCAAGUGGGACGGAUCGUCGGGCGGGGUUAUUCGGAUGGUUAUAUUGACAAAACUGGGCAUCGAGCGGUUGAUUUUUUACCCUGAUGAGUAUGGGCAGUUGACCCUGAGAAGCGAAUAG